UAUGUCAGCUGAUAUUCACAUGAUGCAAUGCCUGUGCCUAAAUCGCAGUCGCGAAGCUGCAGCCGCUCCAGCCUGGUGGUCGGAUUUGCCGCUGCUGCGGCAGCAGCUUCAUUUCUUCACCUGAACCUGGUGCUUUGGCAAGGCAAUGCCAUCAGGCACGGAGAUCGCACUCAGCGAGUGAGGUUGGGAGCCGGCGAUGCCUUUCGAGAAGCCAUGUUUGGAUGGAGGCGGAACGUGGUUUUCCAUGGGCUGCAAGUCCAUUUCGUUGCCAGGCAGAACUUUUUAGAGAUGGCGGAGCUGGAGGAGCAAUGGAAGCCGCUGCUGCAGCGCAUGAACAGGAACAUGCUGUUGGUGGAGAAUGGCUUGGAGAGCGCCCAAGACAAGGUGGAUGUGGUCUCACACUCUCCGGCAGCUCCGGCAUUGUGGCUGUUUUUGAUCUUGCUGGGACUUACAUUUGUCCUCCUGUCCGUCAUCGGCGUCUAUUGCAUCGUUACGCUUACCCUAUCUGCCAGGCAGCAAAAGGAAGAGGUGAAGCAGCCAGCAUUGAGGGCAGUUCUUCAUGCUCUAGCAAUGGACACGCCCUCUCCGGACAGAACGCUUGACGCGGAGGUCACGCGGCGGACGCUGAACUUCCUGCGUCGUAUUGCUCCGCCUGUGAGCCUGGGGGAAAGCGUGGCAGCUGCUAUGCAGCGAGAGCAAGAGCAACGAGCAGCCGCCUUGCGAGGGUACUCACAGGCCCACUUCCUUCGUCGGAAGAUCGAUACGCCCUGGGAUGUGGAAGCAUCCUCAACUGGGCCGGCUUCAGAGGUUUCGAUUGCCAUUGAGGCCAUGGAUGUGCGGAUCAGACAGAGGAUGCUGAAUGCUGCACCACGUGGCCAGCCAAAGUUUUCAGCCUCUCGUUUCCUGGAUGAGCUGUACAAGGAAUGCGACAACUUGCCCGAGACGGCGCAGAGCGCUGGGUCAAUUCUCAUGAAGGCGUUCCCUUCACCCGAAGACCAGCGCGCCUUAAUGAUAGCACUUGGCAUUGCUGUCAAAGCUUUGCCUUGGAAUCGAUGGCGGUUCAAGGAGGAUACCCUCUACAGCUUAGUACGAUUAGGGGCAGAUUCGCGAGCGAUCGUGGCUCUGCUUUUGCACGAUCUUGACGAGUGCCUCAGACUGCCCUGGUCAGUCUUGGCGGAGGUAUUUGCCCAAUGCCCUGAACUCGGGGAAGAAGUCGUCAACCUCAUUGAUGAGAAGAAAAGGCUGGAACAGCUGGCGCUGAUGUUAUACUUGCGCGCCUUGUCCGAGGACAACACCACCGACCACGGACAAGUCCGUCUAGCAGCCUCGCAACUUACUCGCCUGUUGUACUUGCUUGGGUCCAAGGAUUAUAGAGCUGCGCUGGUGGAAAUUGCCGAGGUGGAGCAAAUGCUUCGGAAUCUCUCCGCGGCACUGGCUUCGAGAUUUGGACUUCCUGAUGAGGGACGUGCCCUUGCACGCUGCGCACUGGAUUUGCAUGUGCCCCUGGCACACAGCCUUGGCUUUGAUGCAUUGGCCGACACUGGCAGUGCUGAUGAGCGGAUAACACCGUCUGUGGAGAAUCGGGCACUGCGACUCUACUUCCCGGAGGACUACAACAUGAUUGAGGCAUGGAUGCGGGAGGAGGACGAAUUGCUUCAUCGAACCCUCCAACGGUGCCUGCGUGAAGUUCGAAAAGCUCUCGAUGCUGACCGUGAUGUCAGAGCAUUGGCGACGUGCAAGGUGAGAGGCCGGGUGAAGAGCGUGUACAGCAUCGUCAAGAAGCUGCUACGACAGCGCGGAGUGUCCCGUGAGGAUCUCAAAGCUCAGGCGCUCAAGGACCUGCUUGCCUUGGAAGUCGUGGUGGACCCCAAUCCAUUUGCAGAGGUUCCGAAAAAUCCGGAGUGGUUGGCUGAAGAAUGGCGUGAACGAGCCGCAUGCUUCGCUGUUCUGGAUACGUUGCAAAGAUAUGCGAAAGCAACGAAAGGGUGGUCCAUUUUGCCAGGGUCAACCAAGGAUUACAUCACAAAGUCCAAAAAGAGCGGAUACAGAGCGUUGCACAUCACUUUGUGUACCAACGUUACAACCCAAAUGCCGAAAGCAUCCAGCCGCGCCAUCGCCCAACAGAGGGCUUUCGACAGCAUGGCCUGCAAGUUGGAGGUUCACGUCUUCUCUAGCUCCAUGAAGCAGAAGGAGCGCAAGGGACUGGCAUCUCAUCACCUCUACAAGGCUCUUGAACUGGGACCAGAAGAAGUUUUUGCUUCUCUGGGUGGCCGAGCUGCGGAUUCCAUUGCUCCUUCCGAGCUGCGACGUGCCGUGUUCCCCCUCGAAAGCAUGGGCCUGUUCGGAGAGGCUUUCAGUGCCGACCGCACAGACCGAGAGUUCGAAGAGCUUUGCUCCAGCUGUGAGCGAAGCAAGGACGGGCGCCUUACCUUCGCCGAUGUGCAGAAGGCGCAGCACCUGGUGUCGAAGCGAGUGGAGGACUUCCGGCGUGCACUUGAACAGCGCAAUGCCAAGUGGUGGGUGCACGGCGUUCAAACCGUGGGGCUGUGGCAGAGAGCUGCUUCCUGGGACUGGGCGAAGUACGCGGCAAAACUGGAUCCCCACCAGAAGGUGGCAAUGAUUCGAAAAGCAUUGCAUAUGACGAAGGAGGCCCAUGCUGGGCAGGUGCGUCGAUCCGGAGACCCGUACUGGACGCAUCCCCUUGCCGUGGCAGAUAUCCUGGCCCGCACACUCUUGCCUCCACUUAGCACGCCGAUUGCGGAGCCACGGUAUGACAGCCCGCAGGCGUUGGAACAGGACGCGCAACAACUUUGGCCACGCAUUGCGGAAGGUCCCGAUGACAUUUUUGCAAUGUACAUGGCCGCUCUCCUGCACGACACGGUUGAGGAUACCAGCAUGACCAUCAGCCAGAUUGAGGACGCUUUUGGUCCGGUGGUGGCAUCAUUGGUUGAUGGCGUCACCAAGGCGUCUCAAGCGUCCUGUGGUGGAUCCAGAGCAGCAAGAUCCGCGCAAGAUUUGCGCAAGGUACUCACCAGGGCUGCCCAGGAUGUGCGAGUACUGGUCAUCAAGUUCGCUGACCGCCUGCACAACAUGCGUACGCUGGAGCACAUGCCAGCUUCAAAGCAACGGAGAAUUGCGCAAGAGACGCGAGCUGUGUAUGUUCCGCUUGCUGAACGGUUUGGCGUACACAUUUGGAAGACAGAGUUCGAGGAGCUCUGCUGCAAGUACUUGAACGGCUAUGCUUACGAGGAAGUACUGGAGCGGAAUCACCGUUUGAAGGUCGCCAGAAGUCGGCAUCUCCGCUACAUCGAGCAGUACAUUCGAACGAUGCUGGUUGAAAUGACUUCUGAGACUGUCCUGAAGAUCGACUUGCGCGAGGAGCCACCGCAUACCCAGCUUCGGCGCUGGGCGCCGCGGCCUGAAGCAGACGCUCCGCAGCCCAUCCCUCGGAUUUGGAUCGUUACAAAGGACCGAGAUGCUUGCUGGGCAUGCCUGGGUCGAAUUCAUUCCAUCCUGCCACCCAUGCCUGGACGCUUGCGUGACUACAUUUCCUCGCCCAAGGAGAACCUCUACAUGUGUUUGCACACCACAGUUCUGAUGGACGGGGCAGCUGUGGAGGUGUACAUCCUCAGUGAGGAAAUGGAGUGGGUCGCUGAUUUCGGAGUGGGUGCUUACUGGCGGCACAACGAGGAGCUCCAGAAAACCGAGACGGGGCGAUCUUUUCUUGCGGCACUCCACUCCACCUGGAUUUUGCAGGCCAAUCAAUCGUUGACCCACAGUCUUCAGUCUUUGGAGGCGAUAGAACCAUCGCGGCUGCCUUCUGGAACAGAGAAACAACUGCAAGUUCAGCCCGUCAAUCAGGAUAUCCCUGCUGAGAUCCGCUCAGACCUGGUGCAGUCCAAAGACGACGGCAUCAACGUGUUGGACAACAUCGCUGCCAGCCCUCCGCCCACCUUGGAUCCCUCUGCAGCCACAAUCUCGAUACCUUCCGCGCCCCAAAUAGAGAAUGCAGUUGAUGAGGCAGCUGAGGAAGAGGGCCUUUUUGCGGUACAGCCUUUGUUGAAGCGAAUCUCAAAAGUUGCCUUCAACUUUGCCGAUAGCACAGGAGAAGACGAGGGUGGCUGCGAGCUGCUUACCGAGCUACAUCGUGCCUACAGCGAGGCUUUGCGCGAGAAGGUGGCGGUUUUUACGCCAACAGGCCGGGUUCUCUACCUUCCAAGAAAUGCCACGCCGCUCGACUUUGCCGUGUGGAACCUUGGGGCGAAGAAGGGACUACGAGCAGAGGCAGCCUUCAUUGACAACAGUGAAGCGCCUCUGAAUGAAAAGCUUCAAGAGGGGCAGACAGUGCUUGUGCACCUUCAUGAUGACGAGAAGCUUCCUCCACCUUUGGAAUGGGCCGGAGUUCAUGUCAGGUAUCUGCGGACAACCCGAGCCAGAGCUGCCCUGGUGGACAUGAGGACGCAGAUGCUGACGGAGCAAGAGGCGGUGGACCAAGGCCGUGUUGCCAUUCAAAGAGAGCUGGCUCUUCACAGUUUGGAUUCGUCCCUUCGCAAUGAGCUUGGCGAUGAAGUCUUGGCAGCUCUGGGUCGUGGGGCCUUGCCGCUGGAAUUGGUGAGUGGUCAGCUGUUGGCUGCAAGGCUGCACAUGCCUCUUGGAGACGCCAGCUAUGAGUACACUGGAGAUGCGGGCAUGGUGUCGACUGACGGCGAGGUCUACAGGCAAGCCUUCAUGCUGGUAGCCGAGGACAAGCCUGGCCUAAUGGCGGACGUCGUCGCCGUGGCACGUGAGAGUGGCCUGGAUUUCCAGCACUUCAGUGCUAAGCCUUGUGACCAUGGCCUUUGCACGAUGGUUGCAGCUGUCCAAACAGAUUGUGCGCUCAGAUUUGGGUCUUUGCUGCACAACCUUCGGUAUCGCGCUGAAGCAGUUCUGCUGCAGCGGCUCCCAACCGAAUUGUCAACUGACGCCUUGGAGCGUUGGACCUUCGAGGCACCGCCAUCACCUGGCUUGCCCACAUGGAAUUGGAAGAAAGAGGCGCUGAACCUGGUUACGCUCGAGCCAGCUGCUACAUGUUGAGACAAGUGAAGAACUUACUGGGAUGCAGGCGCUUUCCUGCGCAUGUGUCCAAAGGAGCCACUGCCCGGGAAAGCCUGUAAUUUAGGCAAUCCUAGCAGACAAUCACAGGGUACAGGCUCUUUGCCAC